AUGACAACCGCUUCACUCUCCCCUCAGGCGAUUGCGAACCUUCGCACAAUCAUAGACGAUGCCUGUGCAGAUGAAAAUGCUGGCCUCCCUUGCGCCAAUGUUAUCGUUGUCGGCAAAGGCGAUGGUUCUCAAUGUGAGCUUUUCAGCCACUCUACUCGGAGAAAGGGGGGCGGGCAUAAGAAUGGUACAGAAGACCGGCAGCUCCGCGACGGCGAAGAUGACAUAUACUGGUUAGCUUCGUGUACCAAAUUGGUAACUGGCAUUGCAUGCAUGCAGCUUGUUGAGAGGGGUGUGCUUGGACUCGAUGAUGCGGACCAAGUGGAAAGCCUAUGCCCAGAGUUAAAAGAAGUCUGUGUCCUUCAGGAAGAUGGGUCCAAGGUGGAGAAAAACAGAGGAAUUACACUGAGAAUGCUGUUGACUCAUACCGCUGGGUUCGGAUAUUCAUUCCUGAAUGAAAAACUGCAGUCAUACUUUCUAGAACAUUGCAGCUAUAUACCUGAGUACAAUGAGUUCUCAGGAUACGUGCAAGACUUCUAUCAGCCGCUAGUCAACCAACCAGGAGAGCGAUUUGAAUAUGGUAUCAGUAUUGACUGGGCUGGUAUACUCGUUGAACGUGCCACGGGGAUGAGGCUUAACGACUACAUGCAACAAUCCAUCUUCGCGCCCCUCGGAGUCCACGACGUUUCCAUGAUUCCUUCCGCACAUAUGAAAGAGCGAUUAGUAGGUUUGUGGCAGCGCAGCGCAGGAGGCCGGCUUGUACCUCGAGAUUACCCUCUAAACAAGCCGUUAAAUGUAAAGGAAGCUGCGGAGGUAUUCCACAGCGGUGGUGCGGGCUUGUUUGGAAGCAUCCGGGAGUUCAGUAGUAGGUUUUCAUUCCUCCUUCGUAGCCUGCGAAAUUUCCCCAAAGACAUUUCCAUAACACUUAUCCUGGCAGAGAUUCUAGUUGCUCUCCUUAACGAUGGCCGUUCACCUCAGACAGGCCAACAAAUCCUCUCUCCAGAAACGGUAAAAGAGAUGUUUACGAAUCAAAUUCAUCAACACCCAGACUUCGCUCGACGGCCUUUACCUGCCAUAAAACCCGAUCUGGUUUCUCCCUGCGAGGAGCUGUAUCCCCUCUGUCCGAGUCCUACACCACAGGGAUGGGGUCUUACCUUCAUGAUCUCGCCCGGCGUGACCGGUCGCUCGGAUACAACGGCUCACUGGUCAGGGCUUUCCAAUAUCUUCUGGUGGUGUGAUCGAGAAAGAGGCGUUGCUGGGAUAGUUGCAUCACAGAUCCUUCCAUUCGUCGACCCAGAAACUGGUGUCCUAUGGGCGAGUGUAGAGGCCGCAGUGUAUGAAGGUCUGCAGGGAGAAUAG